AUGAAUAAACAAAAAAAAGAUCUUAAGAAUAAAAUAAAGUUUGAAAGUAAAAUACUGGAUAAUACCAGUAAUUAUUCUAAAAUAAAAAUAUUUCCUAAUAUCGAAAAUUUUGAUAUUGAAGAAAUUAAGAAGACGCAAGAAAAUUCUUUAAAAAAUCCGAAUAUCUCAAAAAAUGUACAUAAUCGUAGUGUUAUUAUAUCUGAGAACAAUAUCACUUUAAAUAAAACUAUUCAUAUAGUCAAAUUUGAUAACAAGAUUGCUUGCGAAAUUAUUCAAAAUGAACAAACAAAUGAAACUGUGGAAAUUUUUGCAAAGAAGAUUAAGAUAACAACUGAUAAAUAUGACAAAAUUAACUGUAUGUCAAAAGAUAUAUUCUAUUCUACCAAUUUUGAUUUAGGUGAUUUAUUAGAAGCUACUAUCUCACAAGAUAAUAAUUCGUUUCUUUCUUGUAUUAAUAAUAAGCAUAUAUUGCAUACAGAUCAGAAUAAAGUCCAAAAAAGUAUAUCGAAAAAUCAAAUACAAACCAGUAACGAUCAAUCAAUAGAAAAAUCGGACGAUAGUUUGGAUGAAGUUUCGAGUAAGCGACGGAAAUUAAUAAAUGAAAGUGUACACAGUAUCAGUGUUAGAAACGUAAAUGACGAUAUAGUAACGUUUCAAAGAAAUACAUUAAUAAUGGAACAGCAAAAUUAUGAGAUAAAUGAAUCAGAUCAGAACGAAUCAUUGAAUACAAAUUCAAGAGGGCAUACAGCAGGAUCAGAAACUUCUAUUAAUUACCAAUCUAAUCCAUAUAGGCAUGAAGUUGACUGGAAUGAAUUGGAAGCUAUUAACGAAGAUGAAUUGGAGGAACAAGAGAGAGGUGAAGAUGAGAACAAAUUCGAAAUGCUUGAUUGCCCAAAAAUAAAAAAAAUAUCUCCUAAUUGGCAUAUUGUACCGGAAAUGAUAAAUCGCCAAAUAGGUAGUAAUCCAUUAUUCCAAAGACGGUUUUAUGGUUCCUUAUAUGCAGUAGAGCGGAUGAAUCUUAUGUAUAAACUUCAUGAAGAAGACUUGGAUUGUAUAAUAAAUGGCUUAGAUUUUAAUGAAAAUGGAAAUUUAUUAGCGAAUGGCGUUUCUAAUACAAUUUCUAUUUGGGAUUGGACUGUAGGGAAAAGGCUCUACUGUAUUACAAUCAAUAGCAUCUCUGUAAUAUUUUAGAUGAAGUGGUUGCCGUUAAAAUAUUUUAUAAUUAUGUCUGGUGAAGACGGUUGGAUACGUUUGUUAGGUACUGAAUAUACCAUGUCGCACAAAUUGGCAAAGCAUCAUGGAAGAUCGUAUAAAUUGGCUGUGCAUCCUCAAACACCUCAUGUAAUCAUUUCUGCUGGAAGUGAUUCAAGAGUGUUAUCCAUAGAUAUUCGGGAGAGCGAACCAAACGAGUUACUUGUAGUAGAGGAAAAUUCGUCAAAGGUAUUAUUAUAUAGUGUACAUUCUAAUCCUUCGAAUAGUAAUGAAUUUUGCGUUGCUGGUAAAUCCUACUAUACAAUGGUAUAUGAUCGGCGAAAAGUUUCGAAGCCGCUUUAUAAACUAUGGCCCAAUAAUGUGGAAAACAACAAAAAUGUAUUCGUAAUGUCUGCUAUGUAUAAUUAUAACGGAACAGAAAUUCUUGCUUCGUAUAAUAACAAAUACCUAUUCCUAUUUAAUAAAUUAAUGUCGGAUCGUGGAGAUUACGGCCAUAUGUAUCAGAAUUAUACUGACAAUAAAUCACUAUUACUAGGAAACAACUUUUUCGGACCUAAAAGCGAAUAUAUUGUAUCUGGAUCCGCUAAUAAAAUAUGUAUUUGGGACAAAAAUUCGGAAUCUAUUGUACAGCAUAUGGUAGGAGAUAAAGAAUCUGUAAGUCAUAAACUUAAUGUAAAUUACUUAGAGGGUCAUCCGCAUAUUCCUAUUCUUGCGACAAGCGGAUGUGAUCAUAACAUUAAGCUAUGGAUGCCUUCGAAAGGAAAACUUUCAAUGUUAGAGUCAUUCGGAAAUCAUUUUGAUACGCACUCGAGGAUGCCAUUAUUACGUAAUUAUGAACUUGAAAAUUCAAAUCGAGACGAAGAUAACAGCAUCGACGACGACGAUGAUGAUGAUAUCUUCGAUGAUGACUCCGAUGAUGGCUUCUCGACGGAUAACUCAUCUAUCGAGGAUAAUCAAUCCGAAAGCGGCGAUGUUGAAAGAAUACACUGUCCACCAUCUUAA